UCGGACGCAGCGUCUGGAUUCUACGGAAGCCGGAAUGGGCCCUUCGUAGCGACAGCAGGACUCUCCCCUGCCGACCAUAACGCAUUGCGCAGGGUGCACCACCACCACCUGGUCCUUCUGCGGCUUUAACGCCUCUGACAUGGAAACACUAUUGCAGUUCCAGCCGGGCUUCUGCUCCGAGCAGCAGCAGCACGGCCAGGACAAGCAAAGUCUUCUCCAGCAGUCCCAGGAUCAGCAGCAGAGCCCGUGCCUCCAGUGCAACUGCACCUGCUAUGAGGCCGCUGCGGCAGCAGCGGGGGAUAACCUGCCCUCGCUGCUCCGCACUUCUUCGCCCCUCUCGGGCGCCUUCAGCACUCGCUCCUCGCUGCUCUCCAUCUCCGCCUCCUCCCGGCAGGGCAGCCAGUUGAACGUCUGCGAGCUCACCCCCUCCAGCCAUGCCAGCUCGUCCAGGAAGCCCCACCAUUAUCCCCAGUACCACCAGUGCCAUAGCCCGCAGCAGGAGCAGGCAGUCAGUUCCAGCAGCAGUGUCAGCAGCGGCAGCACCCACCAUCACCACUACCAGCAGCGUCGGGAGAGCAAUCCCUUCGCCGAAGUAGCCAUGAGCAGCUGCAGGUACAACGGCGGCAUCAUGCGGCCGCUCAGCAACCUGAGCUCAUCCCGCAGGAACCUGCACGAGCUUGACUCUGAGCCUCAGUCGCUCCAGCCGCCGCUCGCCAGCCCCAUAUCCGCUGCUCCGGAGAUCGUGGUCUCCAAGCCCGAGCACAACAACUCCAACAACCUGGCGCUCUACGGCUCCGGCGGCAGGAACAACGGCGGGGGCAAGUCCAGCAAGAAGAAGAACCAGAACAUCGGCUACAAGCUGGGGCAUCGCCGGGCGCUCUUCGAGAAGCGCAAGCGCCUGAGCGACUACGCGCUCAUCUUCGGCAUGUUCGGCAUCGUAGUCAUGGUGAUCGAGACAGAGCUGUCCUGGGGCGCCUACACGAAGGAGUCUCUGUAUUCCCUCGCUCUAAAAUGCCUUAUUAGCCUCUCCACGAUUAUCCUGCUGGGGCUCAUUAUUGUAUACCAUGCAAGGGAAAUUCAGUUAUUCAUGGUGGACAAUGGAGCAGAUGACUGGAGAAUAGCCAUGACUUAUGAGCGCAUUUUCUUUAUCUGCUUGGAAAUACUUGUAUGUGCUAUACAUCCCAUACCUGGGAACUAUACAUUCACAUGGACAGCCCGGCUUGCCUUUUCUUAUGCUCCAUCCACAACAACAGCUGAUGUGGAUAUUAUUUUAUCUAUACCAAUGUUCUUAAGGCUGUAUCUUAUUGCCAGAGUUAUGCUUUUACAUAGCAAGCUCUUCACUGAUGCAUCAUCUAGAAGCAUUGGAGCGUUAAAUAAGAUAAACUUCAAUACCCGUUUUGUUAUGAAGACUUUAAUGACAAUAUGUCCAGGAACCGUACUGUUGGUUUUUAGUAUCUCAUUAUGGAUAAUUGCUGCGUGGACUGUCCGAGCUUGUGAAAGGUACCAUGACCAACAGGAUGUUACAAGUAACUUCCUUGGAGCAAUGUGGUUGAUUUCAAUAACAUUUCUGUCCAUUGGAUAUGGAGACAUGGUACCUAAUACAUACUGUGGGAAAGGAGUCUGUUUACUCACUGGAAUCAUGGGUGCUGGGUGCACUGCACUGGUGGUAGCUGUGGUUGCAAGGAAGUUAGAACUUACCAAAGCUGAAAAACAUGUGCAUAAUUUCAUGAUGGACACCCAGCUAACUAAAAGAGUGAAAAAUGCAGCAGCCAAUGUACUCAGGGAAACAUGGUUAAUUUAUAAAAGUACAAAGCUGGUUAAAAAGAUAGACCAUGCAAAAGUAAGGAAGCAUCAACGAAAAUUCUUGCAAGCUAUUCAUCAAUUAAGAAGUGUAAAAAUGGAACAAAGGAAACUGAAUGAUCAAGCAAACACCUUGGUGGACCUGGCAAAGACUCAAAACAUCAUGUAUGACAUGAUUUCUGACUUAAAUGAAAGAAGUGAAGAUUUUGAGAAGAGAAUUAUUACUCUGGAAACUAAACUGGAAACUUUAAUUCAUAGCAUUCAAGCUCUCCCUGGACUAAUUAGCCAGACAAUCAGCCAACAACAAAGGGAUCUCCUCGAGGCUCAGACACAAAAUUAUAAACAUGUUGCCUACAGUGCUGGACGAUCAUGGUCUUUUUCAAGAAGAAGGAGGUCUUCCUCCACAGUACCACCAACUUCAUCAGAGAGUAGCUAGAAGAGAAUAAGUUAACCACAAAAAUAAAGAUUUUUUGCCAUUAUAUGGUCAAUAUUUUAGCUUUUAUUGUAAAGCCCUAUGGUUCUAAUCAGUGUUAUCUGGGUUCUGAUGUCAGAAUCCCGGAAACCUGGAUACAACAUUUAAGACCAAAAUGAGUGAAAACUGUUCCCCCGCCCUCCUCUCAGAUGCACAGUGAACACACAUUACUAUAUUAUAUUGUUACUCCUGUAAUUUCACUAACUUUUUAUUCAUGCACUUCAAACAAACUUUACUACUACAGUAUAUGACAAUAAUAAAAAGGUGAAUUUCUGCACAUAUUUUCUUGAUUACUUGGAAUUUAACAGUUGAAAAAAAGUUCAUUAUUAAAAGACUUAAUUCUAAAACUUUAAGAAACAAAAUUCAAGCAUAAUUAUCUUCUCAGUAUGAAAACUCAGUCUCUAAACUUUUCACUGUAGGAGGGAAAAAUAAAAAUCAAAUAAAAAAUUUAAAAAAUCAGUGUUCAUCUUA